CAUCAUCAGACCUCUGCAGGAAGUGCUGGGAGACGCAGACAGUGAGAGCGAAGGCAGAAACACGGCCAGAGCACUGAGAGAUAUCAGGUAUUGAUGUAACUGGAGUGAAUAAGGGAACCUUCUUCCUGAGCACAGACAUUGGAGCCUGUUAUCAGCAUGAACUCAUAUGUGUUAGACAAUCACUUGAAUAGUUCAUACCCAUCCUUCACUACAGAAAGCAUCAGAAUGAUACCACAAACUCCAAAAGUCUCAGACACUAAUGACUGUUCACAAACAUUGGAGAAAUCACAGCAGAUAUUUAAAGAAGAUGGUGAAUUGGCAGGAACUGGGAAGCAAUCAUUAUGUACAGAGAGUAAUUUAGUCAUCAAACAAGAGGACAACAUUUAUGCCUUAUCUAGUGAAAUGAUUAUCCCAGAGGAUAAACCACACACAUUUACUGAGUUUUCAAAACAUUUCAAAGAAGGGGACAGUCUUAAGUCUACCCAAAUGAUUCAAACAAAUGAGAAACCUUUCAAAUCUACAGAAUGUGAGAAAAGCUUCUCAUGUAAUUUGCAUCUCCUUGAACACCACACAGUUCACACAGUUGUGAAACCUCACACGUGUACAGAAUGUGGGAGAUGUUUCACAUAUAAAGGAAGCCUUAUGUUUCACAAAAAGACCCACACAGGGGAGAAAUCUUUCACAUGUAAUGAGUGUGGGAGAUGUUUCACAUCCAAGGUAAAUCUCAUAUCUCAUGAAAUGACCCACACAGGGGAGAAACCUUUCACGUGUACAGAGUGUGGAAAAAGUUUUACACAAAAGAGUAAUCUGAAAACUCAUGAAAAGAGACACACAGGAGAAAAGCCUUUCAUGUGUACAGAGUGUGGGAAAUGUUUUAUACUAAAAACUAAUCUGAAAAUUCAUGAAAGGAGUCACACAGGAGAAAAUGGUUUCAUAUGUACAGAGUGUGGAAAAAGUUUUACACAAAUGGAUCAUCUGAAACGUCAUAAAAGGAUUCACACAGGAGAAAAACCUUUCACAUGUACAGAGUGUGGAAAAGGAUUUGCACAUAUAAGUCCUCUGAAACGUCAUAAAAUGAUUCACACAGGAGAAAAACCUUUCACAUGUACAGAGUGUGGAAAAGGAUUUACAAGCAAGACUAAUCUGAAAAUUCAUGAAAGGAGUCACACAGGAGAAAAGCCUUUCACAUGUACAGAGUGUGGAAAAAGUUUUACACGAAUAGAUAAUAUGAAAGCUCAUGAAAGGAGUCACACAGGAGAAAAGCCUUUUACAUGUAAAGAGUGUGGAUCAUGCUUUACAGGAAAGAGUAGUCUGAAAACUCAUGAAAGGAUUCACACAGGAGAAAAGCCUUUCAAAUGUACAGAGUGUAUAAAAAGUUUUACACAAAUAAAUCAUCUGAAAAAUCAUGAAAGGAGUCACACAGGAGAAAAGCCUUUCAAAUGUACAGAGUGUGGAAAAUGUUUUUCAGUAAAGAGUUCUCUGAAAACUCAUGAAAGGAUUCACAGAGGAGAAACAAGCCUCCCCUCUAAAACAAUCAGGGAUCUGAAGAAAGAUCUCAAUGAUCUGGGUUCCAGAAUGGAAUAUUUGGAGGAGGGACAAGACCACCUAAAUAAUGUGGUCAGCUCUAACAUGCAACAGCUGCCCAUAGAUGACUCUAUGAUCCAAGACAUGCAAGACAAAAUAGAGGACCUUGAUAAUCGAGGAAGGAGGAACAACUUGCGAAUCAGGGGAAUCCCCCAAGAGAUAUCAAAGGAUCAACUCAAAGCCUAUGUAAUAGGUUUUUUCCACUUCCUGACCCCACGGGCCCCACCCAUUCAAAUCAAGGACAUUGAAAGAAUUCAUAGGGCUCUGAGACCGCCUGCCAAGCCUCCAGCUCCACCCAGAGAUGUUAUUCUUAAGUUGUUAAAGUACACUACAAAAUAUGAGAUCGGGAUGGCGGCAAGAUUCAGACAGACAAUCCAGUUUCAAAACCAUAAUUUACAAGUCUAUCAGGAUCUAUUUCCUCAAACAAUUCAGCAGAGAAAAGAAGUACGUUUCAUCACAAAGAUUCUUCAAGAAAACAACAUACGUCAAGAAAAAGUCACUUUCCUUGACCUAGAAAUCAUGGUGAUAAAUGACUCUAUUGAGACAAAAACACACUUUAAGGAUGUAGACUCUAACAGCUUUAUACAUUCAGACAGUUGUCACUUUCAACAAUGGAAAGAAAAUAUCCCUGUAGGUCAAGCCUUAAGGAUACGUAAGAACUGCUCUAGACUAAUGGACUUUGAGGAGCAAAUAGGGACACUUAUGGAGAAAUUUAAGGAUAGGGGCUAUGAUGAGGAGCUAGUCCAAAGUGCUACUAGUAGAGCUAGAUCAUCAAAUAGGAAAACACUUCUCACCUAUAAACAAAAAAACAUUUUAAAUGAAAAAGAUACUAUAGAUACACCGUUUAUCACUGAUUACAGUAAUGAUCAUGGUACUAAUAGUUCAUAUCCAUCCUUCACUACCCAAAGCAUCAGAAUGAUACCGCAAACUCCAAUAGUCUUAGACACCAAUGACUAUUCACAAACAUUGGGGAUAUCACAGCAGAUAUUUAAAGAAGAUGGUGAAUUGGCAGGAACUGGGAAGCAAUCAUGUACAGAGAGUAAUUUAGUCAUCAAACAGGAGGACAACAUUUAUGACUUAUCUAGUGAAAUUAUUAUCCCAGAGGAUAAACCACACACAUUUAUUGAGUUUUCAAAACAUAUUAAAGAAGGGAAAAGUCUACAGUCUAGCCAAAUGAUUCAUACAAAGGAGAAACCUUUCAAAUGUACAGAAUGUGAGAAAAGGUUUAGAUGGAAGUCUCAUCUAAUAGAACACUACAAAAUUCACAAAGGUGAGAAACCACACACAUGUACUGAGUGUGGCAAAUGUUUUACACAAAUAAUUCAUCUGAAAACUCAUGAAAGGAUUCACACAGGAGAUAAGCCUUUCACAUGUACAGAGUGUGGAAAAAGUUUUACACAAAAGAGUAGUCUGAGAAAUCAUGAAAGGAUUCACACAGGAGAAAAGCCUUUCACAUGUACAGAGUGUGGAAAAAGUUUUACAGAAAAGAGUGAUCUGAAAAAGCAUGAAAUGAUUCACACGGGGGAAAAGCCUUUCACAUGUACAGAUUGUGGCAAAUGUUUUACACAAAUGAGUAGUCUGAAAUAUCAUGAAUGGAGUCACACAGGUGAAAAGCCUUUCACAUGUACAGAGUGUGGGAAAUGUUUUACACAAAUGAGUAGUCUGAAAUAUCAUGAAUGGAGUCACACAGGUGAAAAGCCUUUCACAUGUACAGAGUGUGGAAAAAGUUUUACACAAAAGAGUGAUCUGAAAACUCAUGAAAGAAUUCACACAGGAGAAAAGCCUUUCACAUGUACAGAGUGUGGAAAAGGUUUUACACGAAUGAAUCAUCUGAAAACUCAUGAACAGAUUCACACAGGAGAAAAGCAUUUCACAUGUACAGAGUGUAGAAAAAGUUUUACAAGAAUGGAUCAUCUGAAAAGUCAUGAAAGGAUUCACACAGGAGAAAAGCCUUUCACAUGUACAGAGUGUGGAAAAAGUUUUACAAGAAUGGAUCAUCUGAAAACUCAUGAAAGGAUUCACACAGGAGAAAAGCCUUUCACAUGUACAGAGUGUCUAAAAAGUUUUACAAGAAUGGAUCAUCUGAAAACUCAUGAAAGGAGUCACACAGGAGAAAAGCCUUUCACAUGUACAGAGUGUGAAAAAUGUUUUACACAAAUGGAUUAUCUGAAAACUCAUGAAAGGAGUCACACAGGGGAAAAGCCUUUCACAUGUACAGAGUUUGGAAAAUGUUUUACAAGAAUGGAUCAUCUGAAAACGCAUGAAAGGAGUCACACAGGAGAAAAGCCGUUCACAUGUACAGAGUGUGGAAAAAGUUUUACACGAAUGGAACAUCUGAAAACUCAUGAAAGGAGUCACACAGGAGAAAAGCCGUUCACAUGUACAAAGUGUGGAAAAAGUUUUACACAAAGGUCUAAUCUUAAAACUCAUGAAAGGAUUCACAAGAGAAGAAACCUUUCAUAUGUUUAGAAAGUGGAAAAAAAGUUUUUUAUUGAAAUCAGUUAUCACUAAACACUAAAUAUUUACACACAAACUUUAUAUUCACAGUCUACAACCUUUUUACAAUUAUCCUAAAGAGGACAAGCUCUCUAAAUAGAAGAAUCAAAAGAGAUGUUAUUGGAAAUAAAACUUUCUAAAUCUCAGUUAUAAAAGCCCCAGAUUUAAAGUGCUCUCCUGCUGUCCUUUAUUCCUCUAUAUAUGUGCACCUCAGUGUCUCUCAUAUCAAUUUGAUAGAAUCCAAACACCACACAGGAAUAUACAAAUCUGUCCUCAUACUGACAAGUUUACACAACCAUUCACCACCAAAGCACCCCAAGUGUUGUUUAUUAAUACGUCAGUGUUAGGAGUUGUACGUUUGUUUUACAUAGGGGAGGAAAUAAUUACAUUUACAGAAUAAAGGAGCCUUUAUAUGAAUAGAGUGUUAGAGAAUUAUAUAAACAAGAACAACAGUCUCAAAUGAUUGACAUCUGGGAGAUAUAUUUAUUGUGCACAUCAUGUGGAUAAACCGUUUCUUAUAGCAAUAGAUGCUUAGCAUUGUACAUGUUAUAUACCAGAGGAAUUACUGAGGGAAAACUGAUUUUAUUUCAUGAGACACAAUAUCAGUAACUGGUACAUUUGUGAUCAUAAUCCAUUUCAUAUUAAUGGUUACUAUAACCUACAUGUAUACUGGGUAUGUAAUAUGUGUGUCAUGUGAUCAUAAUCAGUUUAAUUUAAAUGGCUACUAUAACCUACAUGUAUACUGGGUAUGUAAUAUGUGUGUCAUGUUCUGUAACUUGAUAUUAUGUCUGUAAGAUGUUUUCAUGUUAGUUAGAAGCCACAAGAACUGAUAAUAGCACAUACUGUAUAUAUAAAGGGAACAUUAUAUAUCUGAUAAAUCCCUUUGUAUCAAGAGAACAAGUGUUAGGUAUAUUUAUACCAUUGUUUGCAUAUAUCAUGUAAUGCUGCUUUUUACUAUAUAAUGAUAUACAAUGUUUUUUCAUGCAAAUAAAAAGUGAUUGUAAUCCAGA